CACUUAUUCAGAGUUUCACAAUUUUUCGACAACACGGCGCUUUUAUUUAGGAGCAACAUGUAGGAAGUGACACCAGAAUACAAGAAAAUAAGCUGUCUCCUCCAUGUCCGACCUACCAGAACAUCGAUCUGGAUGUUCGGAGCUGCUCUUAAAAGACUUCAGAACAGAUGGAAAUCGUACAGACACAGGUUUGUACCUUGGGUUGUACUGAACCUGUCCAAAAAUGAGAAAACUUUACGGCAGGUGAGGGAGCGCUCGGAAGACAAACUUGUCCCCGAUGAGGAGGUUUCACGGAGCCUCCUGCAGCUCUUCGGAGUCCUGCUCAGGAGCCGCGGGGCUGCCCACGGAGAGCUCCGAGCGUAUCAAACUCGCUUUGUCGGGCAAGUAACGAGUGAAGAAGACCCGCGUGGAGGAGUUUCGAUGUGUGGAGAUGAUGAUGAUGCCAUGUUACAGUCACUGGGAUUCUGCCUUGACCGGAAGCCCAGCUCUUUACCCUUUGCAGGAACUGGAGUGUUUGUGACCAAAGGACGUGUCCCCAAAGGAGCUACAGUGGCCAUGUACCCUGGCACAGUCUAUCAAUUCUAUGAGCCAAUUAUCCUGCAGUCCAUCAGAAACCCCUUUGUAUUCAGGUGUAUUGAUGGUGUCUUGAUUGAUGGAAAUGACAGAGGCCUCUCCAAAAUGGUGUUCAAGUCAUGCAGUGGCAGGGACAGAAUAGGGCCUUUCGUGAUGAGUGACUCCAGCUGGCUGACCUCCAGUCCGCAAAACCCACUUGCUGUUGGUCAGUACGUGAACAACUGCUCCUACGAGGCCCCCGCUAACGUGUGCUACCAGGAAUACGACGUGCCGGACAAUUUCCCCAUCCAUCUCCGCCAGUAUCUUCCUAAUGUCAACUACAGCCAUGACGCACAGCGGCCUGUGCGCUGUGUGGUUCUUGUAUCACUCAGAGACAUUGAGGCAGGCGAGGAGCUGUUGUCCAACUACUACACCAUCGUGCAUUAGAGUCAAAGUACACACAACUGUCCCGCUUUGGGGUCAGUACUUAACAAAAUGUAUUUAUUUUUAUUUUUAUUCAGUCUAAAUGAUUAUUUUCUGGCUUCCUAAAAUAAUAAAUACAACUUUAAAAACCUCACUGUUUGGACACUACCAAUCAUCUAUAAUAAUAAAAGAAAAAAAAUUCUGGUAGGCCUAUGGAAUACUGUAAUAUGCAAGUGACAAAACGUCUCUUAUUUGGCAGGAUUGAAAGGUAUUUGAUGGUAAAUACAACAUAGAAGAGUACAUAGAAAGAUCCAUAGAAAGAUACCAGAUGAAUACGGGAAUAGACCAUAGGUCCUGCAUGUUCCAUACCGGCACAAGGUUGACAGUGGUGUGUCAUCACUUUUUGACUGGGGUGACCCAAGUUGGCAACUGACUCCUGAAGGGUAGACGUAGCUCUGAUCUCACUUGUUUUCUGCAACGAUAUUUUUUGAAUAUAUCUAAGGACAAAUCCACAACUCUUUAUCCACAAGACAAGAUAACCUGACAUAAAGGAAAUAUAUCAUUGAAUUGUUUAUGUACUUUAAAACAACUUGGUGUUUCCUGUCUUACAGUUUCUACCCUCCUGUGUUUAAAUAAAGGUCCUGUCUCUGAUGGGGCAGAUAGCAAAUAAUCAGGAGGCCCAAUCAGAUUUCUGCUCAGCCACUCUUCAACCAUGCCUUUGAGUACUUCCAUAUUUCACU